AUGUCUGACCUCAGCCAAGUUGCGGUGUACUCAGACUCUUCAGAUAUUUAUAAGAAUGUGUUCUGCAACCCUGCCUUUGAGCUGGAGGGGGAGCGGGAGGAAAGAGUGGAGGGAUUCAGGACGUCCUCAUCCACCCCUGAGCCAAUCAAACCACCGGCAGCUAGUCUACGCUGGGGUCUGUUUGGGGUGUGUGCGAUGCGUCUGCGGGGUCCAGGUUGUGGCUGGGGUGUGGUGGUGGUCUCUGCUGCUGCCCUGCUCCUGUUAGCAGCCAUCGGACUGGCGCUGGCCCUCAUCCUCACACAGAUGAAAGGCCAGGCUGUGGAGGAUCAGUUGUUGUCUACCAGCCCUCCAGACCGGCUGAACGCAGGAGACGGUGGUUCCCCUACUUUACCCACAAUUUCUACCAACAGAAGCCAACAUGGAAGUACAGCAGCACCACAGCCUGCUAGGAUCCCACCAUCUGAAACACGUUGUGGAGGGGUGUUGGCUGACUCAGAGGGCAGUUUCAGUUCUCCAAACCACCCUGGCUCCUACCUGCCCAACUUGCUGUGUGUGUGGGUGAUCCGAGUGCCUCCCCCCUCCGUGGUCCAGAUCCACAUAUCCUCUCUGGCUGUAGAGGGGCCGUCUCCCUGUCUGUUUGACUGGCUCGAGGUGCAGGAGCAGAUAGAGCAGAGCUCUGUGGUCACCAGGUUCUGCGGUAACGUAGCACCACCGACAGUCAACACAAACAGCAGCACGGUGUGGGUCACCUUCCAUUCUGAUAGCAGUAUCGCAGGCAGCGGCUUCACCGCACAAUACAAGGCCAUACUGCCUGGACACAAGAGCUGCUCCAGAGAAGAGUUUAUGUGUGACAGUGGUCGCUGCCUGCUGCCUGUGUCUGUGUGUGACGGUCAUCCAAACUGUCAUGACCAAACAGAUGAGGCAAACUGCAGCCAUAAACACAAAGAAUGUGGUGGGCAGAAGACGGGGCCGAAUGGUUACCUGUCAAGUCCAAACCACCCCAGGCCUUACCCUCACCAGCAGCUGUGCAUAUGGUACAUAUCUGUUGAGGAGGGUCACGUCAUCACGCUGAGCUUCAAGAACUUCAGCCUGGAGACUCAGGAUGUGUGUGAGUUUGACUACGUGGAGGUGCACGACAGUGUCAACACCGGAGCUGGGAGAGUGCUGGGAAGGUUUUGUGGCACCACUGUCCCUCCAGACCUGACCUCCUCUGGCCCCCACAUGACUGUGGUGUUUGUGGCUGAUGAGGGAGUGGCCGACAGCGGCUUCAACGCCACGUACCAGGCUGUGUCCGUACUGGGCAGGACGUGUGGUCCGCGCCAGUUUGCCUGCAGCACAGGCGAGUGCCUUCACCAGCAGUGGCUGUGUGACGGAUGGAACGACUGCCCUGACGGAGCAGAUGAGCAGGGCUGUGGCAACUCCACCUACCCUCCCUUCACUUCAUCGUGUGAGCUCAUAGAGGUAGAGAUGUGUCAAGGCCUCAGCUACAACCUCACCUCAUUCCCAAACAUCUGGCUGUCCAUUGCUGAUCAGAGAGAAGCUGCCACACUCCUGCGACAGUACCGGGUGCUGAUGGAGCUGGCGUGCUUCGAGCCCUUACAGAGGCUGGUGUGCGGGAUGUUCCUUCCCCAGUGCAGCCCUCAGGGUGGCGUCCUCCAGCCCUGCCGCUCGGUCUGCUCCUCUGCUGAGCAGCAAUGCAGCCAAGCUCUGGAUCUCUUCUCCUUCAGCUGGCCCUUCAACUGCCACCUCCUGCCCGACUCACAGGACCCCAUGGAGUGCUCGCUGCCUUGAUGCUUCAAGCUUGAAGCCUCAGUUGUGCUGUUAGCAACCGAUGAUCUCCACUCCACAGUUUUCAGAUAACGUUUCACAGAUUUUCAGCGGUGUUUAAGGACCGAAAGGCAUUUUACAAAACUGAGGAUUGCAUUUCUGGACUCAAACCAGCAGGUCCACAGCAUUCAAGAGUUGUAGAAAGGAGUUUGACUUGCAUUACUACAGCGGUCAUCACACACUACUGCCUGUACAGCUUUUAAGUGUGGGGCAUACAGAAAAUUGUGGCACAGUAGCUAUAUUAAGAGAAAAGCUUUAAAGUACAUAAACGUAAA